ACGGUCUCGCAGUCACCUGAGCCGCUUUCCCGGCAGACCUUAUCACCAUGGCAUCAGUCGCAUUUGUAAAGCAGAGCCUGAACGUCGAGCCACGAGCGUGUGUGUUUGUGUGUGUGUGUGUGUGUGAGUGUUGAGUGUGUGUGAGAGGACCGUACCAUCAGAGCAAGAUCUUCACAGAAGUCUCGAGAUGACCCGCGUUCCAACCACGGGACCACGUCCGUCCUCUUUUUUCAUCCUACUGUGUGCAGGAAGCCUAUUCUUCCGUGCAGACGUAACCCUGGCGAUGAAGAUCACCUCCAACGGGCCUCAGACUUUACAGCUGGCACAAGGAGAGCAGACAACACUGGGGUGUACGUACACACCCGGGCCUGAGGACGUCGGCGAACUGGACAUCGAGUGGACGCUGGUCAGUCCAGACACCACGCAGAAAGACAAAGUGCUCCUAUCGUACUCAGGUAGAAGUAAAUAUUUCCAUGGCGACCCGGAGUUAAUGAAGGGAGUGGACUUUGCGGUGAGCGACCCCUCUCAGGGCGACGCCUCGCUCUCGAUCGCUGAGCUCACAGCCUUGCACACGGGAACGUACCAGUGUAAAGUGAAGAAAGCUCCGGGAUUGGACAUGCGCAAAAUCACCCUGCGGAUCCUGGAGCGGCCGUCAGUACCGAAGUGCUGGGUGGAAGGGGACGAGGGCGUGGGGACGUCCGUGUCCCUCCGCUGCAAGUCAGAUCGGGGUUCUGCACCCAUCCAGUACGUGUGGACGAGAGAGAGCGGGGGUCCGAUUCCUCCCAGAAUUACACAGGAUUCGUUCCUUGGAGAACUCCUUAUCGCCAAUCACUCUGUGGACUUGGCGGGUAUCUACGCAUGUGAGGUGUCUAACGCUGUGGGGAAAGAGCGCUGUCGAAUCAAUCUGCGGGCUGUCAAGCCUCAUAACAGAGCCGGUGUGAUUGCAGGUGUCGUGUGUGGAUGUCUGCUGCUCAUUGCCAUCAUCCUCAUCAUCCUGCUGCUCCUCUUCUUCCGAUGCAGACAACAGCGUCGGCGCUACGAGAAGGAGUUCUCCAACGAGAUCAGGGAGGACGUUCCAGCGCCCGAGAGCCGACCGACGAGCCGUGUUUCCAGUCGUCACUCCAGACGGGCCUACAGCCAAAUGAGCCAAACCGACCACCAUCAAGCGGCUUCCACCAGCACGGGAUACACGCUGCCGAAAUUCGACAACAAAUACGGCUACAUCGUGUGACACGAACCAACAUCAUACGAUCAUAUAUAUGCACAAAAUUACCCACUGCUGGAAUACAAUACACUUCCACUAUAUACAAUAUGUUGUGUAUAGUGAUUUUAAAACACUGUUUUUAUAUAUAAAUUUAUAUUUUAGCUUUGUUAUAGGAAGGACAUAUUCUUGUCUCUCUCUGUGUCUGUGUGUGAACGUAUCGUUUUAAUUGUGUUAAUUGUUGUAAAGUCAUUCCUUCACUAAAGGCAUUAUAAUGUAUGGAUAUUGGAUUUGUAUGGAUGUUAUUAUUGCAGUAUUGAUUAUGUUCUGAAUGUAAUUGCUAACCAUCAAUAUCAACAGAUAAAAUCCAAUUCAACAAAGACACGAUUAACACACCUGCUCUGAUACUGUGAAUAAAACACCAACAUUUUACACACUGAA